GUGAGGAGGAUUUUGGACAGUGCGAGUGCUGAUGGGCAUGAUGUUAGAGUUGUUGUGUUGGAAGCGAGAAAUGUGUGUUCUGGGAGCAUGAUCACGGACAAGUUGUCGCCCAAAGGAUGAUUAAAUUGAAGUUGGCACAUCUCGAGGAACUACGAAGCAUCGCAGAGCAGGAAGGCACUCUUGUAGAAUCUCGGUGGCGAAGACAAAGGUCCAAAUUUUCCCAUGCGUCUAAACUGUGCCCAUUCUUCCCAAUCAACUUUACGAGUCUCAUGCGUCGCGUUCUGUUUAAGGAUGAAAGUUCGGGGAGAGAUUACGGGCGAAGGCGCGCAGCGCCUCCCGGCUUCGAAGGGACUUUGUCCUAGGGACAAAAGGGUGAGCUGCUAUCCCGCAUUUUAGGAGUUCGACGACGCGUGCAGCGAACAUCGAGGAAACCCCGACUUUUUAGGAGGAGAACGUCGCGACUUACUGGGUUCUAUCGUGGGACGUGCCU